AUGAAAGAAGUUGAUCCAAAAACAAAAAUAUGUGAUUCAAUAAAAAAUCGAUUAGAUAGUUCUCUUAGAAAAACUGAUAGUAAAAAUAUUGUUAUUGGAACAAAUCAACUAGGAAUCGGAAGUAAAAAUAGAGUCACCUACGCCCCUUUAUUAAUACGUUGUAUGGCAUUUUUAUUACGUUGUAGACUAUUAAUUGUUACCCAUCAACAAGAAACUUUUAGAAAUAAAAAAAUAAAACAACCAGAAAAACAAGAAACAUUAGUCGAAUUAUAUACAAGAAAUAAAGACUAUAAAAAAGAAUUUAUUAAUAUGAUGUAUGAAUUUGAUAUUAUUGAUUUAUUUCUUAGAAAUUUAAGAAAUGAAUUAAAAAGUACAAAAGAAAUGAAAGAAGGAAAGGCAAUGUGGAUAAUGAAUUCUAUGAGAUUAUUUUCAUUUGAUCCAGUAUUAGGAAGAAGAUUAGAUUUAUUUAUGAAACAAUUAAUCUUUAGUCAAUAUGAUUUUAUUACUGAUGAACCUGAAAGAAAGAAACAUACUGAAGAACAUUCUAGCAUUAAACAAUCAGAAGAAAUAAAUUAUGUUCCAUAUAAAGUAGAAUUUGAUAAUUAUUAUUAUUUAAAUUAUAUUUAUUUAUUAGAAGAAAAUAACAUUGAAAUGGAUUUUAUUGAUUGUGAUGAAAAGUAUAUCACUGCUUAUUUUUUAUUAUACAUUGAUAUCGAAUUUGUUAAACCUUAUAUUAGAAAUACUUAUGAUCUUUCAAGAAUUAUGUUAAUUGGUAAUGUAAAAAAUUAUAUUAGUGUAACAAAUAAUAAUGUAUUUUUUAGUGAAAAGGGACCACAAUUAAAUGGUGGUGUCAUUCGUAUUUCACCUUUUAAUUUUUCUAAAUUAAAAUUAUUUAAUCCAUUUAUACCUGAUUUUUUAGUAGAUGUUUAUCAAAAGAAUUGGUUAAAUACUUAUGCAUUUUAUGUUAAUAAUGGUAUUAGUUUUGAUAGAAUUAUUCUUGCUGAUCCUGUUAUUAAAAUACCAUUAAUGAAACCAGUUAUUACUAAAAUGAUAAAUAAAAUUAAUAUUCAUAAUUUACCUUCAUUAUGUCCAGAUAGUGAAAAAAUUGAUUAUUCCUCUUUAAGUAAAAAAACUUUAAUCAAAAAAGUAAAUCAUUCUUCAAGUCAAUUAAUUUAUUCAGAUAAUGGAAGUCAAUUAUCUUCGGCUUUAACUCAGUUUUAUAAUCAAUUUGCUAUUACAAUUAGAUACGCUUGGAUUUCUUCUCAAUUUGUUCCAAGUAAAAAAGAUAAAGAAGAUUAUGAUGCACGUGUUGCUCAUGACUAUAUUUUAUGGGCUCAACUUAUUGAUAUUAGACAAAGAUUAUUAUCUGAAUUACAUAUUGAAUUAACUAAAAAAGAACAAACAAAUAAAAAGUUGUUUGAAAAUAAAAAAGCUGAAUUAUUUAUUUCUCGAAUUGAUAAAGAUGAAAAUGCUUUUCCUGAAAAUCAAAGAAUAAAAGGUAUUUGUUUGUUAUUACUUGAAAGUUGUUGUGAAAUUUUAAAAUAUUAUAAAGAAGGAAAAGUUUUUAAUUUAUCUUAUAAUAAAUAA